AUGACCUCAGUAAGUGAAAUUAAUGUUGAUAUCAAAGAUUUCCUAAUGAGCAUUAACUUGGAGCAGUAUCUCUCACAUUUUCAUGACUUUGGUCUUAAUACUGUGAAGGACUGUGGAGCAAUAAAUGACAGCCUGCUACACAAAAUUGGAAUAUCACCUACAGGACACCGUAGGAGGAUACUCAAACAAUUGCAGAUAAUCUUAUCAAAAAUGCAAGAUAUCCCAAUAUAUGCAAAUGUUCAGAAAACAAAGAGGAGUGAUGAGACUUCAAAGGCUAGCCAUGCUUUGUCUUCUGAUCAAAAUGCCUGCAUACAACAGUCAGAUUCUGGUAGCGUUCAGACUCCUAGCCCUUUGGAGACUGUUAUGAAGAAUCUUAAUCAAAAUAUUGACAGUAUAGAAAAUAGCCAGUCUCUCAAACUAGGUAACUUACCUCUUCCUGUACACAGCUCUCCUAUUCCAACGAAAGAACCACACCUGCAUUUGAGUUCUUAUCAGGACUCUGUUCUUCGUAGAGAAAAUAUUAGAACAGAAUCCUUGAUUACAAAGAAGACUGUGGAUUGCACCAUCAAAGAAGAACAACCAAAACAAGUUGAUUUGAUCUCAGAAAAUCUCAGCAAGCUUCCUAAUGCAGAUCCUGCAUGUCUUCCCUCCCUUGGCUAUUCACCAUCAGAAGCAAGUUCUGGAAUUGGAACUGAUGGCUUAUUACAAAGCUUACCACCAACUCCCUUCUUUCAAUUUCAAGGAGAAAUGGUUGUGAAUGAUUUGUAUAUUCCAUCAUCACCAAGCUUAACACCAAUGAGAAGUCGUAGCAAGUUGGUUUCAAGACCAUCCAGAUCUUUCCUGCUAAGACAUCGACCUGUACCAGAGAUUCCAGGGUCAACAAAAGGAAUCUCUGGAAGCUACUUCCGUGAGAGAAGAAAUGUAACUACCUCAGGUGGAAAAUUUGUGACCCAGCAAAAUUCAAAUGAGGAGAAUUCAUCUUCCGUUUUGCCUUAUGGAGAGACUUUUCUCUUCCAGAGACUAGAAAAUUCUAAGAAGAAAUGUAGAAAGAAUGAAUUUUGGACCCCUGAGGAAACACUUAAAGGGAACGCAGCUAUUAAAAGGAUCCAAUCAAGCCUAUAUGAUAACAGGACAGAAAAAACAAAUGAAGAAAAAGUGGAAGAUAUUUGGAUACCUCGAGAGGACAAAAAUAAUGUUCCAAUAGACUCUGCUUCUGAAUCAGAAUACUCAACAGUAGAAGAGUGUUUUCAUAGUUUAAGAAGAAAAAAUUCAAAGGCAUCUAAAUCUAGGACUCAAAAAGUAUUGAAUUUGGACCCUCUUACUAGGCACAGUUACCCAUGUAGCUCUGCAAGUGGAAAUGCGGAUGCAUCAGCCAUUCCCUCCAAUGCAAUAUCACCUUAUGCCUGUUUUUACGGAUCCUCUACAAGGAAGGUGAAAUCUGGGUGGCUGGACAAACUCUCUCCUCAAGGAAAACGCAUGUUUCAGAAGAGAUGGGUGAAAUUUGAUGGCCUUUGCAUUUCUUAUUACAAUAAUGAGAAGGAGAUGUAUUCAAAAGGAAUAAUCCCCCUUUCUGCUGUAUCUACAGUACGAGUUCAAGGAGACAACAAAUUUGAAGUUGUCACAAUACAAAGAACUUUCGUUUUCAGAGUAGAAAAAGAAGAAGAGCGAAAUGACUGGAUCAGCAUCUUGUUAAAUGCACUGAAAUUGCAGUCCCUUACCUCACAGUCUCAAGCAGUUGUUGUACCUGAGAAAUGUGGCUAUCUUGAAUUGAGAGGCUAUAAAUCCAAAAUCUUCACUGUGUUACGUGGAAACAGCGUGUGGCUAUGCAAAAAUGAACAGGAUUUUAAGAGUGGACUUGGUAUUACCAUAAUUCCUAUGAAUGUAGCAAAUGUAAAGCAAGUGGACCGAACUGUGAAACAAUCUUUUGAAAUAAUUACUCCCUAUAGGAGUUUUAGCUUCACAGCCGAGUCUGAAAAAGAGAAGCAGGAGUGGAUUGAAGCUGUGCAGCAAUCAAUAGCAGAAACUCUCUCUGAUUAUGAAGUCGCUGAGAAGAUUUGGUUCAACGAGUCCAACAGGAGCUGUGCAGAUUGUAAAGCCCCAGAUCCUGACUGGGCAUCCAUCAAUCUCUGUGUUGUCAUCUGUAAGAAGUGUGCAGGAGAACAUAGAUCUUUAGGACCAAAAGAUUCCAAGGUUAGAAGUCUAAAAAUGGAUGCCAGCAUUUGGAGCAAUGAACUCAUUGAGUUGUUUAUUGUCAUUGGAAACAAAAGAGCAAAUGACUUUUGGGCUGACAGUCUUCACAAGGAUGAAGAAUUACACAUGGACUCACCAGUAGAAAAGAGAAAAAACUUUAUCACUCAGAAGUAUAAAGAAGGAAAAUUCAGAAAAACCCUUUUGGCAUCUCUCACCAAAGAAGAAUUAAAUAAGGCUCUAUGUGCUGCUGUAGUGACACCAGAUGUUCUGGAAACAAUGGCUUUGCUGUUCAGUGGAGCAGAUGUUAUGUGUGCAACUGGAGACCCCAGGCAUAGCACCCCCUAUCUGCUGGCCAAGAAGGCUGGGCAGAGUCUGCAAAUGGAAUUUCUCUACCACAACAAAUUCUCAGAUUUUCCACAACAUGAUAUUCCUUCUGAGGGUGGAAUAAGCCAAGAAUUCUCCCAGUCCAUCUUUCUCUGUGACUUUUUGUAUCAAGCUCCUGCUGCAGCUUCUAAACUUUCUUCAGAGAAAAACCUGCUUGAAGAGACAAAUAAAAAGUGGUGUGUUUUGGAAGGAGGUUUCUUGAGCUACUAUGACAAUGAUAAGUCUACCACACCCAACGGCACCAUUAAUAUCAGUGAAGUUAUCUGUCUGGCUAUACACAAAGAAGACUUCUACUUAAGUACAGGGCCCAUCUUUACCUUUGAGAUCUACUUACCUUCAGAACGUGUGUUUUCAUUUGGAGCAGAAACAUCUCAAGCACAAAGAAAAUGGACAGAGGCAAUAACCAAGCAUUUUGUUCCCUUUGUUGCUGAAAACUUAACAGAAGCUGACUAUGAUUUGAUUGGUCAACUCUUCUACAAAGACUGCCAUGAUCUGGAUCUGUGGAGAAAAGGCUGGUUUGCUAUGGACAAAUCAACUUUGCGCUUUUAUCUUCAAAUGCAAGAAGCUCAGGAAGAUAGAAUGUACUUACGAAGACUGCAAGAGCUAACAAUCAGAACAAUAGUUCAAAAUGGGGAAAAAUUGGAAGUCUUGAUCUUAGUAGAAAAAGGAAGAACAUUAUACAUCCAUGGGCAUACCAAGUUGGAUUUCACAGUCUGGCAUACUGCAAUUGAAAAAGCAGCAGGUACAGAUGGUAAUGCGUUACAAGAUCAGCAGCUCAGCAAAAAUGACGUUCCCAUUAUUGUGAACAGCUGUAUAGCAUUUGUUACACAGUAUGGUCUAGGAUGUAAAUAUAUCUAUCGAAAGGAUGGGGAUGCUUUGCGCAUAAGUGAACUUUUGGAGAAUUUCAGAAAGGAUGCAAGAAGCUUUAAGCUGAGGGCUGGGAAACAUCAACUCGAGGAUGUGACAGGUGUGCUGAAAUGUUUUCUCUCUGACAUUGAGGAUGCACUUCUUACCAAGGAGCUGUAUCCAUAUUGGAUCUCUGCUUUAGACAACCAAGAUGACAAGGAAAGAAUUAAAAAGUAUGGAGCAUUUAUACGGAGCCUUCCAGUGGUCAAUCAUGCGACAUUGGCAGCUAUAAUUGAACACCUUUACAGAGUACAGAAAUGCUCAGAAAUCAAUCACAUGGAUGCUCAUAAUUUGGCUAUGGUCUUUUCAUCUUGUUUAUUUCAAACUAAGGGGCAAACUAGUGAAGAAGUGAAUGUUAUUGAGGACCUAAUUAAUAAUUAUGUUGAAAUAUUUGAGGUUAAAGAAGACCAAGUCAAACAAAUGGACAUAGAGAAUAGCUUUAUUACCAAAUGGAAAGACACUCAAGUUUCUCAGGCUGGAGAUUUGUUAAUUGAAGUGUAUGUUGAACGGAAAGAACCAGACUGUAGUAUUAUAAUCCGGAUCUCUCCUGUAAUGGAAGCAGAAGAAUUAACUAAUGACAUGUUGGCAAUUAAAAAUAUCAUUCCUAAAAAAGGUGAUAUUUGGGCCACAUUUGAAGUCAUUGAAAAUGAAGAACUAGAGCGUCCUCUUCACUACACAGAAAAUGUGUUGGAGCAGGUGCUUCGGUGGAGUUCUUUAGCUGAACCUGGCUCUGCUUAUCUCGUGGUGAAGAAAUUCUUAACCAUCGACACCAUCAAACACUACAGUGAGAGGAGUACUUUGGAAAGUAUCAAAGAGGGAGCUUUGACAAUCAAAGAAGAACCAUCAAAAAUACUAUCUGGAAAUAAGUUUCAAGACCGGUAUUUUAUUUUACGAGAUGGGUAUCUCUUUCUCUACAAGGAUAAGAAGAGUAGUAAGCAUGACAAAAUGUUUUCUCUCAGUUCCAUGAAGUUUUAUCUUGGAGUGAAAAAGAAAGUGAAGCCCCCAACCAGUUGGGGAUUGACUGCUUAUUCUGAAAAGCAUCACUGGUAUCUUUGCUGUGAUAGCUUACAAACUCAGAUGGAAUGGAUGGCCAGUGUUUUUAUUGCCCAGCAUGAAAAUGAUAUAUGGCCACCAGCUGGAAAGGAACGAAAACGCUCUAUUACCAAAAAUCCCAAAAUCGGAGGUUUGCCUUUAAUUCCCAUUCAACAUGAGGGAAAUGCAACGCUAUCCCGGAGAAAUAUCGAGAGUGCCAGAGCAGAACUUGAAAGACUGAGGCUCAGUGCAAAACCUGACAAAGAGUCUGUGGACUCCCACUUAAAGGAGAGAGCCUCCAUUGUGGCCCACUGCCUGGAACACAAGGAAGAUAAACUUCGAAACCGAACCAGGAAGCAUCGUAGUUUCAACUGUCUGGAAGAUACAGGGGCUGAGGUCCCUCAUGGGCAACAAAAAUCCUAUAAAGGCGUAAAGACCUUGAGAAAGACUGAGGACAGAAAUAGUAAAGCUACUUUGGAUUCUGAUAAUAAAUUACCAUCAAACGUUAUUGAAGAACUUAAUGUGGUUCUACAGCGAACAAGAACGCUUCCAAAAGAGUUUCAAGAUGAGCAGAUUUUGCAGAAAGAAAUAAAAUGACUUUUCCCCA